AUGCUUGCGCCAAUCGUUACCAAAGAUAUGAGACUGUUUCCUAGCCGCCCAUUGCCGACAGGAAUUAAGAACAACACAUGCAGCUCUGCCGGUCGUAUUGUGCCCGUAAAGCAUCGAUCCAGUGUGUCAACCGGUAAUCUUACAAAUUCUUCUAAUCAGCCUGCUAGUACGCAAUCCUUCCGUGAACGCAAGCCAACCUUAAUGUCAAUUAAAGAAGGUGAAGAGAUGUUCAUAGCAGACGAAAACAAUAUUCGUGACAUAUCAUAUGCUUCUGAGCCGUCACUCCGAUAUAAUUCUGUUCCAAAUAAAAAGUUGACGGCUAUUCAAGUAGCAAAAUUGGAAGCAGCUAAAAAGAAAUCGUAUGAGCAAGGCACUAGCAAUCCGAAGCUAUCGUUGUCAAGCAGUGAGACAUCCAAAGAGCAGAAUAGAGAUGAACUUACAAAUGGCAAAUCGUCCAAAAGUCGGAGAGUUGUCAGAUGGAUAGCAACCGCCUUGCAUAAGCAUAACAAAUCGUCGUCUGAUACAAAAUAG